ACAUAGUCUGGUUGACCAGCAAAAAUAAAGUACAUAAAAUAUUACUCGCUAACAUAAAAAAAAUAACCUACAACGAUAGGAACCGGUCUAAUUUGAAAAUAAACAAAUAUGGCGACGACCAGUGGUAACAAAACGAGUUCCACCGUUACCGUUGUCGUGUGGGAAUGGAUGACUGAAUCUGGACGCUGGAGGCCAUACGAACCCGAAUUAGUUCGGUACAUUGAACAGUAUUAUGGGAAAACUUCACAAAUCAAUCCAGGAGCGGUCCAUCCCGCACUCUCGAUGUACAUUAUCGAUUUUAAUACAAUGUGUCAAAUUCGACAAGGAUCAGGUACUGCUCGUCCCAUCAGAAGAAGUAUGUAUGCAGUGAUCUGUAACAGCAGCAGUCAGAUUGUGUGGCAGUUCUCAGGAGACAUUGCUGGCAACUGGGAUCUGUAUGAUUUUGAAGUUGGAAACUUUUUAGAGACUUCGUAUGUAAAUGGGAAACAAGAUAUUGACAUGAGGACAUCACCGUUCCAUUUGCCUUACUUCAUCAAUCUGAAGAGAAUGCAACAGGUGAGAAUUGAGACCGGUAAGCUGCGUGCGAUACGUCGACACACCCUGCAGGUACCAUAUCCUGUGGCCAUGUUACAGGGAAGUGCAACACAGAACGUCAACAGCACAUAUGUAGGAAUGAAGCAUAAACAGGUUUCGAACGCUUCUGGAUCUGAUUCAGAUGAUUCAGCGCCUAGUAAGAGAAAGAAGAUGAAAUCAGCUUCGACGAAAAGCUCAAAAUCUGGACAUUCUAAUCCAAUUGCGACUUCCACAUCCAACGCAACUGGUCACACACCAGCGCACAGUGGUCCGGGAAUGCUUUCUAACAGUAGCAAUAAUUUGACAAUGUUUACAUCAAUUCAGAACAUGCUACAGAAUGUGUCGUCUUCUAUUCCAGCGUUGUCAAAUUUUCAGCGGCCACUGACGCGGAGUAUGUGCAAUAAUUUUACGUCUGGAUCUAUGCAGCCAGCUGGACAUAGCUCGCAGAACAUACAGCAAAAUCCAUACACAAGUUCGAGUGCAAUUCACAACAUGCAAAUGCAGCCGAACAUGAUAACCAAUCCUCAGACGUCGUCUCACAGCUUGUUUCAGAACAUGAUGCCGAUGACACAAACGCUGCCGAUGACACAAACGCUGCAGGCCCCGGUGUCAUCCAUGUCGAAUUCCAUUUUCAUGCCACAGAGUUCUGUACCUCUGCCAAUGACAUUUUCAAGCCUCGCUAGUGGAGUUUCAAAUCCAUAUAUGCCACUUGUACAGCAGCCAGGAUUAUCUAGCAUGUCGAGUGCUGGAAAAAAUCAGUCCAGAAGAGUUAACCCAGGAGUUUCAAACAUGAACAACGUGCUUGUGUCACAGAGUGUUCCCAUGUCACUGUCAGCUCCCCAGGUUCCUGUGUACUCACCAGCAGCACUGUCUUCAGCGUCGUUCCAGCCAGUGCCAGGUUUACCGCAGAAAGGAAAGAUCGUCCUCACCAAAUCCAGAAAGACCAAGAGUAAAACUGCUGAUGAAGUGCUAAAGAAAUAUGUGCAGAAUGUGCCACAUCCCAAAGAAGAUGAGAACUGCUGUAUUUGUUAUGACAAACUGGAGGAGGAGUCUAGCUACGGAAGUGGACAGUCACACAGCGAACGAGUCGUCUCUUUCAAGCGAUGUGAACACACAUUCCACCGACAGUGUCUUCACGCCAUGUACAACAGUGGACACAAGGAUGACAGUAUUCAGUGUCCAAGCUGUAAGACAAUUUACGGAGAGCGCUAUGGCAACUGUCCCCCUGGUGAGAUGGAUUUCCACGUGAUACCUCACAGUCUACCGGGUUACCCCGACAACCACACAAUACAAGUCUCGUAUUACAUCAGACCAGGUGUACAGGGUCCUGAACAUCCUAAUCCAGGAAGUCGAUACAAUGCUCGUGGGUUUCCUAGAGUUGGGUUCCUGCCAGACAAUGACCAGGGUAGAAAGGUUCUACAGUUGUUGAUUACUGCAUGGAAGAGAAGACUGAUAUUCACCAUUGGCAUGUCGACCACGACGGGAGAGAACGACACUGUAACGUGGAAUGAAAUUCACCACAAGACAGAGUUAGGUUCUAAUGUCACCGGACAUGGCUACCCAGAUGAAAAUUAUCUUGACAAUGUGACAUUGGAAUUAGCAGUGCACGGGGUCACAGAAGAUGACCUAUGAGGGUGUGGGGGUGUGGGGUGGGGGUGUCAUGGUGAAUGAAAAUAGAAUCUUCCAGACAUAAUUGUAAUUUUUGUCAUAGCAAAUUGGCAUUUUGUCAGUAUUGACAGGAGAUAAGUUAUGAUGAAAUAAAUAUGCAUUUAACCUUUACAUUUCACUAACGGCAAUAAUUGUCAUCUCAAAGUUCGGGGAAGAGGCUUUGGAGGUCAUACACCCUCCUGAGCUCAAAGCAAAUUUUAGUUUUGUUUUCAAUAUAUAUAUAUAUAUAUAUAUAUAUAUAUAUAUAUAUAUUAUUUAUUUGUAUUUAAAGGAACAGACCCUAGUUUCCUAACACUACAGCAUACUUUUCACUAUUAAAGCCAUUUAUGAUCACUGAAAGCAAACAUUACUUAUAUUGUAUUCUUUAGUUUCUCCAUUUCCGUAGAACCGAAGUGUUUCUGGUCUUCUUUGGGUUUCUAAUACAAAACAAUGCAUUUUUUACAUUUUUGAAAAUGCACAUGCAUCUGAAAAGUAGCGGUUUAUUGAUUCGAGUUCUGGUCUAUUUUCAAGGAUAUUUCCCAUUUUGACGUCACACUCUCUUCUUUCACGCUACGUACUGCAACUUUAUCCAUAUGAGUUACAGGUUUGUAAAUUAACUAAACUUAGUGUCCAUUUUUGAUGGGUUAAAACUAGGCUGUGCCCCUUUAAGUUACUUGAGGGCAAAUGUUUGCUUCUACAUUUGUAGUUACCUGCCAUCACUUACAACAGUGUAGCGUAUCACGACACAAUACUGAACAUGUGUUCCAUUAGAUUCUUCACCUAAAAUGUUCCUGCAUAGACCACUGCAUCUACAACCCUUCUUUUUUUAUUAUUUACUCACUACUUUUACAUGAUCCAUAAGGGUCAUUCUCAAUUUAAAAUCAGAUUUUAUUGCCCAUUCAUCUUGGGAGGUUUUCGAAAGCAGCCUUCUGAUAGGUUAAAGGAAAACAUUAUCUGGAUGCAGCAUAACAUCGGGCUUUGUUACUUGUUCUAAUAACAAUAUUUUGGGAGGAAUGGACUAAUAGAAUCUAUCACUGUUGUGAAGUUUAGAUAACGUAAUUUCAACCCAAGGGACAAAACAUUUUUGUCCUGAGAGUUGGAAUUACAUUUUCUCCCAUCCCUAGCCAUGUAAGACGGACCUAUUCCACGACGUCAGUCCAUGCGGGAUAAAUCUGUCUUGCAUGGGCUAUGACUUCAUUGAAGUUAACAUGGGAAGUAUUACGGCGUUGGCAUAGGUCAUAUAUGACGUCAUAUCAAUGCAAGUUGGUUAGUUUUAGAUCAAUAUUUUGUUAUUAAAACCUUCAUUGUAAAAGUUAUCGUGUUAAUUUGUAGUGUUCAAUUAUAUUUAACACAUGAAACAGACGCGACAUAAAUGAUAGUGUAGUUUGUUUAUGAUAAAACGGUCAAAUAAAGAAGUUACUUUUUCAGCCAUCUUUUUUGGUUCAUAUAAAAUAAUGGUUUAUUUAUUAAAUGAAUUGGAGAAGAAAAGAAAAAGACUCCCAUAUUAUGCGGUCAUGUGGAAUAGAAAAAGUACACGCUCAGUGGUGAAUAUUUUGACUAUGGGACUUGGCAAGCCUAGUCCAAGGUCGAAAUUUCCACCAUCUUGGGUGUACUUUUUCUAUCCCACAUGACCACACAUGAUGGAGUCUAUUAAUCUACACCUCACAACAGUGAUCGAUUCUUUUUCUUGCCUAUUUGAUUACAGCAACAAAGCAUUAAUUUUGUAAGCUAAGGUUUGUUUAUUCUAGAACGAUUUAUAAACAUUUCAUCUACAAAUUAAUUUAAUCAUACACUGAAAAAUAUUGUCCACAUUAUGCAGUAGCAUUUAAAACUAACAACUUAACCAUAAAUAUAAAGUUAAAAAUAUUAACUUGAUUAAAUAUUUUACAAAACAUAAAAUGGUAACUUGAGGAAUAAGAACCAGAUAGAUUUAUCUAGCACUGUGCGAAAGCUAUUCAGUCCAGUGGGCGAGAAAGAACGAUCUGCACCUGUAGGUUUUUUAACUACAUCCUAUUUGUAGUUUGGUGAGGCUGGCCUCCUAAAUAGCUUUGGCAUAUUUUCAACUGUUAAACAAAUCAGUCAUGACAAAAUCUUGCUUGCUUUGUUGUUGUUUUUUGGAUGAAAUUUAAAACACAAGUUAGGCAAAUAUUUGAGAAUGUAAUGAAAAUAGAGAAUAGUGUUCAAUAACAAUUUUUUUUAGCAAGACUGCCCAAGAUUCCAACAUCAACUAUAGCACUGUAUUUAAUUUAUACUAUGAAUCUUUCUUUAUUACAAGUUUGUAUAAACUUAUUACAAUACACAGUAAAUUAGCACUAAAUAAUGCUUUCAAAGUGGCAUCCGACGUUACACAAAAUUGACAGUGCUUUAUACAGUAUUUAUAUUAGAUAGGAAUUCAGUUUAAUGAUAUAAAAUAUGAAUUUAUAUUAGAUAGGAAUUCAGUUUAAUGAUAUAAAAUAUGAAAAGUGCUUUCUUGGUAGUUUCCAUUUACAUGUAUCUAUGGUAAUUAAAAAUUUCAUAUGAACAAAGUAUUCAUUGUUUUUCUCAUUUUGUAAUCAUGUGUUCAUCAAGUGGAAUUACAAUAAAGCCUUUGUGAACUACAAAACCCAUUUUUGUAUAAACUUAUUACAAUACACAGUAAAUUAGCACUAAAUAAUGCUUUCAAAGUGGCAUCCGACGUUACACAAAAUUGACAAGUGCUUUAUACAGUAUUUAUAUUAGAUAGGAAUUCAGUUUAAUGAUAUAAAAUAUGAAUUUAUAUUGGAUAGGAAUUCAGUUUAAUGAUAUAAAAUAUGAAAAGUGCUUUCUUGGUAGUUUCCAUUUACAUGUAUCUAUGGUAAUUAAAAAUUUCAUAUGAACAAA